CCCCAACCAGGAUUCGAACCUGGGACCUCCCUCGAUCCGUGACAGGGGAGGGAAGUCAAACAAGUUCGGUGAAAUCGGGCCAGUUUCACAAACAUCAGUUAACUGCUAACCGAAGAUCAAUGGACUCUGUGUCUCUUCUUGAAUAAUAAAGAUGGAAAAGAUUGGGAGUCGACUGAACCCUAGUUAACAGCUAACCGAUGUUCGUGAAACUGGCCUCUAGUGGCACAAUAUAUUGGCGCGAUAUUGGGAAAUAAUGGACCAAUGUUUCGCCAAUGCGCUGCGCUACUAGGGUUAGGCUUAAAAUUGGAGCGACGUUUGCGGAUCGGUGGCUUAUACCGGGCAGAAUUGCCGUUUUACGCGCGUUUUUCCGCUCCAGAAAGGUCUGCAUACACUUGGCAAGCUGCGCUUGUAUAUGCGCAUAGAUAAAGCGUAAUCUAUUCAAAAUAUUUAUGAAGUAGAUAAAGCGUUAUCGGGAUAUCUUUGACGUAUGUAUGCCAGGUCAGUUGUAGAUGCGUUUCCAAAUAAAACUUCGCCCAGGCUUUAUGCGAAUAAGCGUUAAUCGAUUACGCUGAAGGUCGUGGUGUUCUCCAGAUUUCGUGCGCGCAGUAUGGAUCGCGCUGUCAGGAAUUCUUAUCAGGACAAGGUGUCGCAUGUGAAAGCCGAGAAAUUUUGAUUUAUACAGCGAAGGUGCGGGUAUAUCGGCGAAUAAAUUAACGCUUUCUGAUGACUCACUGGAGAAUAUAGCACGUGUCAUUCCGCUGCAUUCGUUAAGCCGCGCUGAUGCAACUUGUAGCGAGCAAAUGAUAAUAGAGAUAAUAAAAAUAAAUUAUAAUAUAGAGUAUAUAUUACACGCAAAAAGAAAAUAAUAUACAUUUCGAUUGUUCCUCCUGUAUCUCGUAUCCAUCAGACGAUAUUGCAAAAAUGGCGCGCGAUACCACGGGGAGCCUUUUAAGAGACGCUGCCAUCCAGAUUGGUGCUGGAGGAUCGGCAGGUUUCAUCGAAGUGUGCAUAAUGCAUCCGAUGGAUCUUGUUAAAACGCGCUUUCAGCUGCAAGUGAAGACAGCGAAGUCAGAUCCAUUAUAUUAUACAGGAAUUCGCGAUUGUAUGACAAAAAUGUACAGGACCGAGGGGCUACCAGCAUUUUGGAAGGGAAUUUUGCCGCCGAUACUCGUAGAGACUCCCAAACGUGCAGUUAAAUUUUUUACAUUCGAGCAAUAUAAACAAUUUUUCUUGUUUGGCGCUAGUGCACCCACUCCGUUGACGUUCUCGUGCGCUGGUUUCUUCGCCGGCGUUACGGAGGCUAUAUUAGUUAAUCCUUUCGAAGUGGUCAAAGUAAAACUGCAAUCUAAUCGAAAGCACGUAAAAGAAAGCCCGUCGACAGUCGCAGUGACAAAAGAGAUCAUUUCGAAGUAUGGCUUUGGAUUGAACGGCCUGAACAAAGGGCUCUCAGCCACCGUAAUGAGAAACGCGGUGUUCAAUUCGUUUUAUUUUGGUUUCUAUCAUUCUGUUAAAGGAUAUGUACCAGCCAGUAAAGAACCUUGGCUUGAAUUCUUAACUAAAGUUGCCAUAGGAUUCGUGUCGGGCACUGUCGCUUCCUGCUUGAACAUACCGUUUGAUGUGGCUAAAAGUCGCAUUCAGGGCUCGCAAGAUGGUACGCAAUACAAAGGGACACUGAACACCAUGCGUAUUGUGUACAAGAGAGAGGGAUUUAGAGCCUUGUACAAAGGCUUGGUGCCAAAGGUGCUGAGAUUAGGUCCAGGCGGCGCUAUUAUGCUCGUGGUGUACGACUACGUGCAUGUAUUUCUUACAAAGAAGUUCAAAGAUUAAUAUCUACGCUGCAUUACAACAAGCUGUGAGGUAACUGCACGUUACUCUUCAUAAUGCAUUUAAUAUACAUAUUUAUAUAUUUUUGUUAUGUGUAAAAAGAAAAUGGAGAUUAAUAUAAUUUUAUAAUCGUAAUAAUAAUUCUUUAUACGUUUCAUAUGUCAAAUAAAUGUUCUUUUUACAUUA